CAAGACUGUUGAAGGAGUGCCAGGUCUUUGAUGAGUUGGGGGCUGAUAUUCAGCGGAGUGUCGAGGCUGUGCCUCUUAACCCGAUCCUUCCAAUGCCUUGGCCACCUGGAUUUUUGCACGUCUUACUUACCUUAUAAAGGACUUUGAGACUCUAGAAUUUAUAUCUCGCUUGUUACACUUUCAUGUCAUUUUGCUCUGAUUGCCUCGUCCAACUCCGACUUCCAUCCCCAGCUUCAUCACAACGUAGUAAGUUACGUAGCUUUUCAAGCCUUGAACAUAUCUAUUCCGAACGACAAUCUCCUGAAAAGAGGUUGUUCUUGAAACAGGAACGAUUACUACUAGCUUCGAAAGUAUUCUAGCCAUAAAAGAUGGCCGCAGGUUCUCAGGCCUUUCCCCAAGAACUGCCCCCUCGCCCCGAGCAAAAAUCAUGGAAGGACCGGAAUUGCCCAGGCUCCCGCGGCUGUUGGAACUUCAAUUGGGAAGCAUACAGUCUAGCUACGUCGGAUAGUAUAGUCUUAGCCCGUCGGAUAUGUAUGAUCACGACACUUGGUGUGCGUACUGCGCUCUCCGUAUUAGGCGUCAUAUAUUGGGCUUAUAGCAACACUAUUGCCGGCACAAUCAUUGGUAGCAUCCUUGCCGCUGUCGGAUUCGUAUUUAUCGCUUGGUGUCUGGCUAGCAUCGGUGAGGCCAAAGGUACUAGAAAGGUGCUUGAAACGAGCGUGGGACGAUGGCAGUUCGAUGUUUUCCUCUUCGUGUCCGCCUUGGUUCACAUCGGCUUCUUAGUUGGCUUCUUCACCGGAAUGGGAAAUACCGGUUUCCUUAUUUCCUGGUACGGAAUGUGGAUUUUGAUCUUUGCUGUUGCUUGGAUUACUACAUGGACUCCUGAGCAGCAGCAACCCGUUUCCUACGUGUGAUCGGCUUGGCUUGUCCCGGAAAGGCUUUAAGGUAGCGGAUACGGGAUAUUUGUUUUCCAACGGAGAUCCUUAUGAGGAUACUGGAUCGUAACCUACCUAGGCUAGAUGGAUGUCGGCAAUGUUAUCAUCAGCGGCACUCGCUAGUUAGCCCUCGAAGCACCGGUAUCUUUCUCUUUCCCAGAUAGUCAUGAUAUAUCAUUGCUAUGAAGUUACGAGAUUCAUCUUGUAUGGUUAGAAGACCGAUGUGAUAUGACUUGCUGUGGACAUGACAAGCUUGCCGCUUUGUGAACCAGUCGUGUUUAAUAUCAGGUUCAGGGGGAUACUUAGGUACCUAUACUUCACCAAACACGCAACAUAGAGCCAUAUAGCGCCGCUAUAUGGCCUUUGUACUAAUACGUGAUAUGUUUUGUGGUUCUUGGUUGUCUAGAUAUAUGUUUACUGAUGAUAUGCGAGGUUAACUAUAUGAGGGGGUUAUGAAUAUAUAUCUUUCGAAUGGGUGCGCCCCUAUGACUGAGGUUUGAUCAGGAUAAAAUGCACGAAAGGGACUCAACUUAUACAUCACCAUGCUCUUCCAAAUGUAGCUAGUAUAAAUAACUAGACUUAAUCUAGGUUAUAUUACCA